UCCGUCUCCAUCGAUUAGUUUCCGAAGAUGAACACAUCAAACUUCCCUUGCUUCUUCUCGAUCUUCUUCACAGUUUUCUUCAUCGCACGAAGCUCUCGAAUCGCCGAUGUUCAUUCGUCGCCAAAACACGUCGCCUUGUUCGUAUUCGGCGAUUCCUUUUUCGAUUCUGGAAACAACAAUUUCCUCAACACCACCAGGGGGUACCGCGCCAAUUUCAUGCCCUACGGCGAGACUUUCUUCAAAUAUCCGACCGGAAGAUUCUCCAAUGGCCGUCUCGUGCCAGAUUUCAUCGCGGACUAUGCGAAUCUGCCAUUGAUUCCGUCGUAUUUAGAUCCUCGCACCAAACGCUACAACUACGGCGUGAAUUUUGCAUCCGGUGGAGGCGGCGUUUUAGUCGAAACUCACCGAGGAUUCGUCAUAGACCUUGGAACUCAACUCAGGUACUUCAAGAAGGUGGAAAGAUCGAUUAGGAAGAAGCUUGGAAGAUGCAGAGCCCGUAGAUUGCUUUCGAACUCUGUUUAUCUGUUUGGUAUCGGAGGAAACGAUUACAUCGCUCCUUUUGAAGGCUCCCCUGUUCUUAAGAAGUACACCAAAACAGAGUACGUGAAUAUGGUGAUCGGAAACGCCACCAAAAUGCUCGAAGAAAUAUACAAGAAAGGAGGAAGAAAAUUUGUGGUUGCAGCGGUGGCUCCUAUAGGUUGUACGCCAAACACGAGAGUGAAGACAGGGAGGCAGUAUGGCAGGUGUUGGGAUGAGCCAUCGGCGCUUGCAAGGCUGCACAAUCAGCUUCUUCCUAUUGCUCUGCAGAAGCUUGCUAACAAACUCAAAGGAUUCAAAUACACCGUUGCUGAUACCUAUACUGUGCUUCAAAACAGAAUAGACAACCCUUCAAAAUAUGGUAACCCCCCCAACAAUAUUCUUCAUCUUUCUUAAAUUCUUUUUGAUUUUUAGUAUAUUGGUAAGGUAAGGCAGAGAGUGACAGCGUAUAUUUUCUGAUUUUGUGCUUAAAACAGUGUUCAUAUAAAGUAAAGACAGAGUAGAACGUAGGAGAAAAAACUAUGCCAUCGAACAAUUUGACACGUAUCUAUAAC